AUGUCUGGCCGCCCAUCGUGGAAGAUUAGGUGGUUUGCGGAUACCGAUUCGCCGAAAGAGAGGAAGCUCAUUGUCAAGCUCGAUCUUCUCAUCGUACCAUAUGUCUUCCUCGCAUAUUGGGUCAAGUACAUUGACCAAUCCAACAUCAAUAAUGCGUACGUUUCAGGGAUGAAGGAAGACCUGGGACUAUACGGCAAUGAGCUUGUCCAGUUUCAGACCAUCUACACCGUCGGAGCUGUCGUCGGCCAGCUCCCUUUCAUGUUUCUGCUCACCCAUGUCCCGCUCCAAUGGUUGAUUCCGGCUGUCGACGUCCUUUGGGGUCUCUUCACCCUUCUACAAUUUCGAGCGACCAGCCCUGCCGAAGUCAUGGGAUAUCGGUUCCUUGUCGGGUUUUUUGAAGCCGCAUUCUAUCCAUCAAUUCACUACAUGUUCGGAUGUUGGUACCGAAAGGACGAGAUCUCUCGUCGCGCUGGCAUCUUUUACAACGGCACCACUUUAGGUGUACUUACUGCUGGGUUGAUCCAGGCUGGAACAUCAGCCCGCCUUCAUAACGUGAAUGGCUUGGCUGGCUGGCGGUGGAUGUACAUCAUAUGUGCAGUCAUCACUAUCCCAGUUGGCAUCCUCGGUAUCUUCGUUAUCCCGGGCACCCCAGCUAUGCCAAACCGUCUGGUUCUGAGCCAAGCCGACAUCGAUCUCUCAGCCUCACGGUUGAAGUCGGCUGGCCACACGACAUCCGAGAAGUUUCAGUGGAAAUCACUACGCCAGGUUACCAACAAUCCAGUCUUCUGGGCACUCCUGGUCGUCAUGACCUUGUUCUGGAACUCAGGCGGAGCUCAGGGUAGCGGAGCGUAUCUGCUGUGGCUUCGAAGCUUAGACCGCUACUCCAUCCCCAGGCUCAACGAGCUGGGAACACUGCAGCCCGUCUGCGGCAUCUUCUUUGUUCUGGCCACUGCUUUUGCCUCUGAUUUGCUGGUUGGACCUGUGUGGGCGCUGACAGGAGGCCAUGUCUUCAACAUAGUCGGCUUGUCCAUACUGCUCGCCUGGGACGUCCCGGAGGGAGCCAAAUGGUUUGCCUUCAUGACCAACUUUUCUGCAGCAUCAACGUCUACCGUCAUCUACGGCUGGGUAAACCACGUUAUGAGACACUCUCCGGCCCAGCGAGCCAUCACCCUCAUCCUCGGAACUGCUUGGGCGCAGUCAUCUACGGCUUGGGUCGGACUUCUCACCUAUCCUACGGUGGAAGCUCCAAGGUUCACCAAGGGCUUUGCCUUUGGUAUCGCCAUGUCGACCACCCUGAUUAUACUAUCGCACCCACUGAGUUGGUGGAUAAAAUCACGCGAGUAA